CAAGAUUGUAUUUUACAGUACAUGAAAAGAUUAGAAAAAUUACAUUUAAUUGUUUUUUAUGUUCUGUUUUCUGUUUCAGAUUUGAAAAUAGAAUGUUAGUAAGAAGAACAUUGACUAUAAAAUAAAGUCUUUAUUUUCAAUGAAUGACACCAAGAAAGUGUUUUAAAAAUAUUAUACAUAUAUUUUUAUAUUUUGGAAUAUACAAUUUAUUCAUAAUAUAUUAAAUAAACUAUAAAAUGUAAUUUUACUAAAAAUGUGUAAAUACUUUGCUAUAAUAUUUUACAUAUCAAAAAAUUAUGGAUGAUAAUGAAAUUCUUGAUGAAUCUUUAAUUGAAAACUUUUCAUCAAUUAUUAACAAAAGUGAUAAUGCCAAUGAAAAGAGGGAAGCUCUUAACAGUGAAGAAGAUACUAAUAAUAAUUCUUCAUUAAAACUUUUUCUGAAAGAAAGUAAUGAAUCUGAUCACAAACAAGAUUUGAAUGAGUUUAAAAAUAUCCAACUUUUACUACAAAAAAAGAAAGAUUUAUUUAAUUCUAUUGAUCGUUCACAGACUGAAAAUGCAGAUACUUUUGUUGCUAGUGAAGACAUUUCUGACCAAUCAAUGAAAGAUGACUGUUCUAACAAUACUCAGAAUUUUACUAAAGAAUCGAGUGAACUAAGCAUCAUUGUUGAAACAACUCAAUCUGAUAAAAACAAUGAAGAAUCUGGCAAUGAUGCAACUAUGUUAAUGGAUGCAAACACUUCAGCGAUUCUUUCUGAAGAUAAAAAUAUAGAAUGCGAGUCAAAAGAUUACUACAUAUCUGAUAUUUUUUCUUUAUUGAGUAUUUGGAGUGAUGUUGAUCCUAAGCAGUUGAAAUCUUUAAAUCAUACAGCUGCUGUAAUGAAGAAUUUGCUUUGUGAACAUCUUCCUACUUUUUCUGUUAACGAGGCAAUACCAGAUAGUCUAGAGGGCCUUCUUAUUUUAUUACAAGAUUGUUUGAGUCAAUAUAAAAACACAGUUGAUUCUUUUAAAUCUAAGGUCAAAGAGCUUGAAGUAGAAUUAAAAGAAAAUAGAAGAAAUUCAGUUGAGAGAUAUAACCUGUUAAUUGAAGAACAUAAAGACAGGCUAUCCAGAAUUUUUAAAGAUCAUGAACAACAACUUACUGCUGCUAUAGAGAGAGCAGUGAAUGCAAGAAAGCAAGCAGGAAGUCUUCAAGCACAACUAGAUAUUGCACAAGCUAAAGUUGAACAAUUAGAAAAUCAAGGAAAAGAAUUUACAGAUAGUGUUGUUAAUAAAUUUGAAAAGAAAAUACAUGAAUUGGUUGAAGAAAAAGAAAAGUUGAUGAUAAAGAUAGACAUAUUGGAAAAAGAAAUAAAAUUAAAGAAUUCAGAAUUACAGUUAAUGAAAGAAACAAACUUGAAUCUUCAAGAAAAGAAGGAAAGAAAAUCUACUGAAGAGAAAGAAUAUUUGAAGAAACUUGCAAAAGAACUUGCUGCUGAGACAGCUUUUGCAAAUACCUUGCAAAAUGAACUACAGCAAGAGCAACGUUAUAAUAGAGAAUUAUGGAUAGAAACGGACAGAAAAGCUCAAGAGGUGGCUGUUCUGCAGUCAAAACUAGAAACAUCACAAAAUGAAAUUUGUUAUAAAGAUGGACUUUUGAAAACAUUAAAAGAAGACAUAUUAGAAAAUUUCAAUUCUUUUUAUCAGGAAACUUUAAAUAAUUCAUCUUCAUUGUCAGACAGUAAUUUAUUAUUCAAUUGGGUAACUUUUAUGAAACAAAGAAUAUCUGAUAAGGAUACAGAAAUUCAAGAAAUUAGCAAUUGUUUGGUUAUAAAAGAAUUAGCCCUAAUUAAUGCAGACAAAGGACUUAAAGAAAAAGAAUCUGAAAUUGAAAACAUGAAAGAACAACAUAAAAUAAUCCAGCAAAAGUUAGAUCAGUUGUCGGAGGAAUUAAACGGAAAGAAAGAGUUAGUUAACAGAUUUGCCAUUCAUUUAAAAAAAGUAGAAAAGAAAUUGAAUCUUAUCAUAAAUCAAACUUCCGAAAAAAGUAAUUUGUUACAAUCGUGUAAGAAGAAAGCAUUGGAAAUGGAAGAUUUGUUACAAGAAUUAGAAAAGAGACUUCAGGAAGGAAAAGAAAAAGAAAAAAACAUGAAAACAUUUAUCAACAUCAGUAAAGAUAAUCAGAAACAAUUGUUAAAUAAAUUUAAAUCAUUAAAAAAACAUGAAGAGGUUUUGAAGAAUCAAUAUCUAUCCAAACAGUCUCAUAUUGAUUAUCUGGAAAAGUUAUUGAUGAGCAAGCAAAAGUUAAUAAAUAAUUUAGAAUUUCAGCUUAAAUAUGGUAAUGUUCAAUUAACAAGUUUAAUUGAAGAACCAAAUAAAGAUGAAAUGAAUACAGUAAACCUUACAACAGAUGUAAAUUUCUCAGAAACCAGUAAUAGUAAUUCUGUCAGCAGUUUUAGGGAACACAGAAAACAAAAUUUGGCCUCAUCUAUCAAUAAAACUAGUAUAGAAUUACACAGAAAUAACAAAUCACAGAUUACAGAGACAGAAUUGCACAAAGAAUUAAAUAAUAAAAGGAAUUAUGUUAAAUAUAAAGCAAAGAAACAUUACGUUCCUUUAAAAGCAUCAUCUAUCGAUUCUGGCCACAUUAGUGGUUCUGUCGAAUCAUCAUUUCCUUCACUAGAAAAUUCAAAUAAAUUGAGAGAAAAUUAUAACUCGGCAGACGGAGAGAGUUUCUCUUUAGCAUCUCAAACUGUUUAUAGAUCCAAUUAUUCUACGGGAAAUUUUGGAGAGGGAAGUUCUUGUCAUUUGUCUAAAGCAAAUAGUCCUAUCACAGUAAAUGUUAAUAAACAAUUGCAUGAGAGAGAUGAAGCCGAGCAAUUAUGUCGUAAUGGUGCCACAGGCAUGAACAGAAUGCCACCAAAACCCAACAAACUUGUUGCCAUAAAGGAUAAAGAUGAUUUAUUUUUAAAUACAGAUCAUUUUAUUGAAAAUAGAAUGGAUCAAGAUGUUUUAAAACCAUUUUAUCCGAGAUCAUCCACGCCAAUUCUCACGGUUAAUCAUUCUAAUAAUAACUACAGUUCAUUUUAUCACCACCAGAACUUUGAACGAGAACAUUUAACCAUAGAAGGAGAGGAACAUCAUUAAAAAUCAACAAUUACAUUCCAUAAAAUUGUUCGCCAUCACGUUUGUAAAAUACCAUUUUCCAGUUUUAAAAUUUUAUUCGGUAUCCUAUUAUUAUACAAAAUAUAAUAAUGUAUUUACAUAAAUGCAUUUAAUUUUACAAAUAUUCCAUUUCAUU